AAUUUACAAUGCAACAAAUUAUGUUGCUGCAGGUAGACUAUUGAUGGAGAGGCAACCAUCUAUAGUUUGGACUCCAUGUGCUGCUCAUUGCAUUGACCUCAUGUUGGAGGAUAUUGGAAAAAUCCCAUGGGUCAAGAGGUGUGUAGAAAGGGCAAGAAAUGUCUGCAAAUUUGUAUAUAAUCAUUCAUGGGUGUUGGCUCUUAUGAGACAAUACACAGAGCAGAAGGAGUUAGCUCGUCCAGGAAUCACAAGAUUUGCCACAAACUUCCUCACAUUGCAGUCCAUGCUUAGGUCUAAGUCUGCCUUGAGACGUAUGAUUGUUGGUGAGGAGUGGUCUUCCUCAUCCUAUGCUACCACCCCUACAGGGAAAGAUAUGGCAGACUGCAUUUUUUAUGAGCAAGGCUUUUGGGUCCCUUGUGAUGAGAUAGUGAAGUUUGUUAAGCCCUUGGUGGUUUUGUUGCGAGUUGCGGAUGGAGAUAAGCCCGCAAUGGGCUAUAUAUAUGAGGGCAUGGAUAGGGCGAAGGAGGCCAUCAAAUUCGUCUAUGGAGGAGAUGAGAGCAAGUAUGGUCCCAUUUGGGAGAUCAUUGAUAGGAGAUGGCAUCAUCAGCUUCAUAGGCCCAUCCAUGCGGCAGCCUAUUAUCUGAAUCUGGCAUUCCGUUUUAUCCCUUCUUUCAAGGCUGAUGUGGAGGUCCUUAAUGGGCUAUAUGCAAUCAUGGAGUAGAUGGGACCUGCUGGUACU